AAAGGAGCCGCGACCCAUUAGCAGACCAGAGGGUGACCCGAACGAUGGCGGCCGGCGCGGUCCUAGCCUUAGCCCUGUGGCUACUACUGCCGCCAGUGGGAGUGGGAGGGGCGGGACCCCCACCGAUCCAGGACGGCGAGUUCACGUUCCUACUGCCCGCGGGGAGGAAGCAGUGCUUCUAUCAGUCGGCACCGGCCAAUGCAAGCCUCGAGACCGAGUACCAGGUGAUCGGCGGUGCUGGGCUGGACGUAGAUUUCACGCUGGAGAGCCCCCAGGGCGUGCUGUUGGUCAGCGAGGCCCGCAAGGCCGACGGCGUGCACACGGUGGAGCCCACGGAGGCGGGCGACUACCGGCUGUGCUUCGACAACUCGUUCAGCACCAUCUCCGAGAAACUCGUGUUCUUCGAGCUCCUCUUCGACAGCUGGCAGGAUGACGAGGAGGCCGAGGGCUGGGCCGAGGCCGUGGAGCCCGAGGAGAUGCUGGACGUGAGGAUGGAGGACAUCAAGGAGUCCAUGGAGACCAUGCGGACGCGGCUGGAGCGCAGUAUCCAAAUGCUGACCCUGCUGCGGGCCUUCGAGGCGCGCGACCGCAACCUGCAGGAGGACAACCUGGGGCGCGUCAACUUCUGGUCGGCGGUCAGCGUGGCCGUGCUGCUGCUGGUGGCUGUGCUGCAGGUCUGCACGCUCAAGCGCUUCUUCCAGGACAAGCGCCCGGUGCCCACGUAGCCCUGAGCCGGGAACAGGCGUGUGCGCAUGCGCCGCGGGGGUCCCUCCCCCAACCACAGUCGGGGCCUGGGGCUGGCCUGGCAGGACGGACCGCUGCUGGCUGGCCGGCCUGGGCCCCCCGGAAGGGGCCGCUGCUCCUGGACCGUGCGUUCUGGCCUUGGCCUCAUUCGUGGUGGCGCUGGGACCUUGGCGGCCGCCCUCGGAUCUCUGGCCCCUCGCUGGCCGCUGUGCCUUAGUCCACGUCUUCCAGCCCGCAUCGGCGCUGCCCAGGAAGCCGGCCGGCCCUCACCCCCUUCCCCAGCCGGGGCUGCGAGCCAGGCUGGGGUGGGGGCCCCGUGCCCGCCGUUCUCCCCGAGGCUGGGGAGG